AUGGCUCACGAAAACCUCGAGCUGGCCCAACAGAAUGGUGCGCCAAGCGAUCAAGCUCCGUUGCCACAACCCUGGCCCUUCCGUUCUGCGUCAACACCAUCAUAUGGCAGCCCGCAGAGGCAUCAUCGCCGUAACCCAAUAGUCAGGCGGCCGGUAAAGGAGACGCUCGACGCACGCUCUGAGUACACUACGAGCCAGGAUGACGGAACUGCUGAACACAGAAUCAACCAGUAUGUGAUCAAGCAGGAAAUUGGCAGGGGCUCCUUUGGAGCGGUGCACCUCGCGGUCGACCAAUUUGGAAACGAAUAUGCCGUCAAAGAAUUCUCAAAGGCUCGUCUCAGGAGACGGGCCCAGUCCCAUCUGUUGCGGAGACCACGCGGUCCGAGGCGCAUUCUGGAUGGCUACGAUUCCCCGCUGCAUCGCCAUUCGGCAGGCGUCGAAAACCAUAAGCAAGAUGCCCUCUACCUGAUCAAGGAGGAAAUCGCAAUCAUGAAGAAAUUAAAUCAUAACAAUCUUGUCUCACUGAUAGAGGUCCUAGACGAUCCCACAGAGGACUCUCUCUACAUGGUUAUGGAGAUGUGCAAGAAAGGCGUGGUUAUGAAAGUUAGCCUUGAAGAAAGAGCCGAUCCGUACGAGGAUGCUCUCUGUCGCUGCUGGUUCCGUGACUUGAUUCUUGGGAUUGAAUACCUCCAUGCUCAGGGCAUCGUACACCGAGAUAUCAAACCGGACAACUGCCUGGUAACGAAUGACGACGUCCUGAAAGUUGUCGACUUCGGCGUGUCUGAGAUGUUCGAAAAGGAUUCUAACAUGUACACGGCAAAGUCUGCGGGCUCUCCUGCCUUCCUUCCCCCGGAAUUAUGUGUCGUGAAGCACGGCGACGUUUCGGGAAAAGCGGCAGACAUAUGGUCGAUGGGCGUCACGCUGUAUUGUCUACGCUAUGGAAAGCUUCCGUUUGAGAAGCAAAGUAUUUUCGAACUUUAUGAGGCCAUCAAGAACGACGCAGUUGUGUGUGAGGAGGAGACUGACGACAACUUUCGAGAUCUGAUCUCUCGGAUCUUGGAAAAAGAUCCGACAAAACGGAUCCAGAUGCAUGAGCUGCGAGAGCAUCCAUGGGUAACAAAAGACGGGUUGGACCCUCUUCUGUCAGAAACCGAGAACACAGCGGAGAUAAUCGACUUUCCGACCGAGGAGGAGAUGAAUUCAGCUAUCACUAGGACUAUCGGGCAUGUCAUGGCUGUAAUCAAAGCCGUGAAGCGCUUCAAAAGACUACUUGAUCCAGCAAAGAGCGAUCCUCCAAUGCAGAGUAUUCUCGGUCAGGAGUACGAGACACAUUUCGUAGAGCCCCCACUGGAAAUGGAGCCAGAAGAGAGUUUUGCAACUGGUCACUUGGGUGUGAAGAGCAAGGCUCAAAGUUUGAACACAUACAACAGGACAGCUUGGGAGCAGCAUUACGCCUUGAAAGAGCCUCACGGUCAGACCGAAGAAUCAACACACAACCAACCGUCAGGUGGCGGUCAACAACUCCCCACAGAGGAUCCCACCACUGUCAGCAGUUACAGAAUUGGUACGGAGGACGCGCCAGAGAGCAAGGACUCGAGCUCCGUUCGCACUAUCAAUGUUCGAGGAGGAUUCAUUGACGACCCGCAACCCACCUCUACGCCACAGUCUCCGUCUCCUUUGAUACCAUUAUCCCGAGCAAGCUCAGCAACAACCAAGCGCAGCGUUGAGGGGACGCGCGGACAUGCACGCGACCCUCUCGAAGAAGAAUUCCCCUUCCUCUUCAUUGGGCCGUCAUCUUUUACGGGGUCCCCUUCGAGCGAAGAAUGUGACUAUGCAGCGAAUCAUCUCAUUCCUGAAGAACCAGGAAAAAUGGCUGAGGAUCCGGCCGAUGUGGAUACCGCCAUGGACCUCGACCUAAACGCUGAUAUGGCCUGUCCGAUCGUGAGCGAGUCCCCUGGUGCUGCGGACUUCGAUAUCUAUGAGACUGCCUACCGACAGGAAAUCGAGCGUAUUCGAGCACCCAGCCUUCCUCGCAAGGGCAGAGAGCCCAAAGUGUACUUGACCCGUCGCGUAGAAGGUAAAGACGAUGUGAUGAGGCUGGUGGGUGAGAACGCCACAAAGUUGGGGCCAAUGUUCGGUGUGAAGAAAACAUCUAGCUCUGGAUUGGCUUCUGCUGUGAGUGCAAUCAAGCUGCAACUGGAACAACAGGGGAGAGUAAAAUCCUCGGAUGUACUGCCGUUGGCUACUGCAGCCGGAGUCACUACGACGGACGCACCGAACCCCGAGCGCUCUGCAUCUCAUUUACGAAACAUAGUAGACCGAGUCAGAAAAUGUGCAGAUCCAUGA